UUGGCCACGCCUGCCGCCGAGGCCGCGCUCGCCCGAGCUGCGACAGUUCGCGGGUCGCUCUCUGCUGCUGCCAGCAUGUCGCCCGAGGACGCCGAGGAGACGCUGCCGCUCUUGCGGCCGCCGGACGCCAGCGUUCCCCGCGGCCGCCGGGUCUUCCUCGCCGCCUUCGCCGCCGCCCUGGGCCCGCUCAGCUUCGGCUUCGCCCUCGGCUACAGCUCCCCAGCCAUCCCCAGCCUGCGGCGCACCGCGCCCCCCGCCCUGCGCCUCGGAGACAGUGCGGCCUCCUGGUUCGGGGCCAUCGUGACCCUGGGCGCUGCGGCAGGGGGCGUACUGGGCGGCUGGCUCGUGGAUCGUGCAGGGCGCAAGCUGAGCCUCCUGCUCUGCACCGUGCCCUUCGUGACCGGCUUUGCCGUCAUCACCGCGGCUCAGGACCUGUGGAUGCUGCUCGGAGGCCGUCUCCUCACUGGCCUAGCUUGCGGAGUCGCCUCACUAGUGGCACCGGUAUAUAUCUCGGAAAUUGCCUACCCAGCCAUCCGUGGACUGCUUGGCUCCUGUGUGCAGCUGAUGGUUGUCACCGGCAUCCUCUUGGCCUACGUGGCAGGCUGGGUCCUGGAGUGGCGCUGGCUGGCCGUGCUGGGCUGUGUGCCUCCCACCUUCAUGCUGCUGCUCAUGUGCUGUAUGCCCGAGACCCCACGCUUCCUCCUGACUCAACACCAGCACCAGGAGGCCAUGGCUGCCCUUCGGUUCCUGUGGGGCUCUGAGGAGGGCUGGGAAGAGCCCCCCGUCGGGGCUGAGCACCAGGGCUUCCAUCUGGCUAUGCUACGGCGCCCUGGCGUCUACAAGCCCCUCGUCAUUGGCAUUUCACUCAUGGCCUUUCAGCAGCUGUCAGGGGUCAACGCCAUCAUGUUCUACGCCAACACCAUCUUUGAGGAAGCCAAGUUCAAGGACAGCAGCCUGGCCUCGGUCACUGUGGGCAUCAUCCAGGUCCUCUUCACUGCUUUGGCGGCCCUCAUCAUGGACAGAGCAGGGCGGAGGCUGCUUCUGGCCUUGUCGGGUGUGAUCAUGGUAUUCAGCAUGAGUGCCUUUGGGACCUACUUCAAGCUGACCCAGAGUGGCCCCAGCAACUCCUCCCAUGUAGGCCUCCUGGUGCCCAUCUCUGUGGAGCCUGGUGAUGUCCACGUGGGGCUGGCCUGGCUGGCCGUAGGCAGCAUGUGCCUCUUCAUUGCUGGCUUUGCGGUGGGCUGGGGACCCAUCCCCUGGCUCCUCAUGUCGGAGAUCUUCCCUCUGCAUGUCAAGGGUGUGGCUACUGGUGUCUGUGUCCUCACCAACUGGUUCAUGGCCUUUCUGGUGACCAAAGAGUUCAGCAGAGUCAUGGAGAUCCUCAGGCCCUAUGGUGCCUUCUGGCUCACCGCUGCCUUCUGUGUCCUCAGUGUCCUUUUCACAUUGACCUCUGUCCCUGAGACAAAAGGCAGGACUCUGGAACAAAUCACAGCCCACUUCGAGGGACGGUGACAGCCGCUUUCUGUGACUGGCAGCCCUGAGCUGGCCUAACUUUGGGUUUCAGAAGGAGUAGAGUGCCUGUAGCUGAGCCACACCUCAGUCUGAGCCUGGAGCCCCCCGACUCCUCACCUCAGAGCCCCUCCUUGUCCGGGUUGAGACCCAGACCAAUGCUGUAAGGUUCACCAGGUUCUGGAUCUAGUCUCUGCAGCCUGCGGCACACAGGACAUCUGAGGAGCUGUGCAGCCAAGCCUGGCAUGAGCAUCUCCUGCCUCAGUCAGCAUCUGAAGUGACGUGAGGCCUCCUGCCUCCUGUUUUCUGGCUGGGGAUCUUUUGGUUCUUGGGUCCUAAGCAUCCGCCUGUGCCUCACACUUGACUGUGGGAUCAGAAAGGAAUUUGGCCACAUAAAAGUUGGGCUCAGAAACAGGGUUGUGACCUCUUUGAGUGAGUCCAGAUUGAGAAGAAAUGUUCUAGUCAACCAAGCCCUCCUCAGCCCUGCCCAGAGAUCCUGUGGAUCCACCUUGGGGUCAUCCACCUUACCCAUCAUUUGGAGGUUCUUUCCAGCUCUUUCCUGGACUCAGUGUCCUGGGUCAUUAGUCACCAAAUCUUGUCGUGUUUCCAAAAAUAAAAAACCUUUCUGUUUGGCUUUAAUGGA